GUAUAUUGGCUACCCUGUUCAUUUUGAGGUUACAAACGUGGUUCCCUUUACCGAAAAGGAGUGGAACCUGUUGUAAUAUAUCAUAGGUUAAAUUUUAUUUUAUUCAAGUAAUUCAACAAAAUAAAUAUAUGCUACAAUGGCUAAAUACGAUUUAACGUCGCGUAUGGUUCAAUAUCUUGAUCGGCAUUUAGUAUUUCCUUUGCUUGAAUUUUUAUCUGCAAAAGAGAUUUACGAUGAAAAUGAGUUGCUACAAGCAAAAUUGGAUAUUUUGAGUAAGACUAGUAUGGUUGAUUAUGCUAUAGAUAUACGGAAUCAACUGUAUCCAAAUGAUCCCGUUCCAGAGGAAAUGAAAAUUAAACGUACACAAGUUGUCUCACAAUUGCAAGAAUUGCAAAAUGAAGUUGAAAAAAUUUUGGUUAUUAUUUCUAAUGAUGAAGUUAUGAAGAAAACCGAAACAAUGCGAGAUUCCAAAUCUUUGAUUAACUACUUAUCCAGUUUUGAUUUUAAAAUUGAACGAAUGGAUAGUAUGUAUAAACUAGCUAAAUAUCGAUAUGAUACGGGAAAUUAUUCCGUUUCGGCUUCACAUCUUUACUUCUGGAUGCUUGUUAUUCCAUCAACGGAUAAGAACUACUUGAAUGUAUUAUGGGGAAAAUUAGCAUCAGAAAUUUUGGUACAAAGUUGGGAUUCAGCAUUGGAAGAUUUAAAUAAAUUACGUGAUUUUAUUGAUUCAACAAAUAUAUUUUCAUCAAGCCUACAACUUCUUCAACAACGUACAUGGUUAAUUCAUUGGAGUUUGUUUGUCUUCUUUAAUCAUGUAAAAGGGAAAGAUCUUAUUAUUGAAAUGUUUUUAUAUCGACCUCAUUAUUUAAAUGCCAUACAAACAAUGUGUCCACACAUUUUACGGUACUUGGCAACGGCUGUCAUUAUCAACCGUCAAAGAAGAUCAGCUCUUAAAGACAUUGUCAAAGUUAUUCAACAAGAGUCAUACACUUAUCGAGAUCCAAUAACAGAAUUUUUAGAACAUCUUUACGUUAACUUUGAUUUCGAUGGUGCACGGCAAAAAUUACAUGAAUGUCAAACUGUAUUGUUCAAUGAUUUCUUCUUGAUUGCCUGUUUGGAUGAAUUUGUUGAAAAUGCUCGUUUAAUGAUUUUCGAAACAUUCUGUCGUAUCCAUCAAUGUAUUAGCAUAGGAAUGUUGGCUGAAAAAUUGAAUAUGAAUCCUGAUGAAGCUGAAUGUUGGAUUGUAAAUUUAAUUCGAAAUGCACGUUUAGAUGCUAAAAUUGAUUCGAAAUUGGGACAUGUUGUAAUGGGUACUCAACCAUUGUCACCUUAUCAACAACUAAUUGAAAAAAUUGAUUCAUUAUCUGUUCGUUCUGAAGCAUUGUCACAAAUUAUUGAAAAGAAAUUAAAAGCUAAAAGUGACACAUAUAACUAUUGAUACUAUUUUAGCACUAUUAAUCUGGAAUUCGGCAAGCUAAAUUACAUCGGGCGGAAUAUAAUAGAAAAAAAAUAUUGAAAACUUAUAACCUAUUCGGCGAAAUUUAUCUAAACAAUUGGAAUUAAGUGGUAUAAAAUUUUUUUUCUAAAUAAUUUGUUUAUUUCUUUUCUGGAACGCGUUCAUUAUUCUAAAAGAAAUUAACAAUUCUAUAUUU